AAAUCGAACGCCACUGCGGUCUGCCGCGCUGCGGUGGGAGGAGUUAAGAGUCAGCUCUUGAAUCUGAUUGGACGACAGCUUUGUGGCGUUUUAAAAUCGCAGCACUUUGAACUGGCUGUCAAAACACCGAGCACGGAGAGAGCGAAGCUUCGCUCUCGGGCGUCUGAAGACAUGAGAAGGAUCGUGUUUGACUCUUCCUCUGAUGAAGAUGUGGAAGAAGAGCAGCUGACGCCGCUCCACAUCAGCUGGUUACCUCUGUCCAUAGUUGAGUGCUCACAGUACCUCGGAAUAUGUGCGCUGCCAGGUUGCAGGUAUCGAGAUGUUCGCAGGUCCCUGCAGAGAGAUGUUGACGAGCUGAAGAACCAGGGGGUGCAGAACGUGUUCGUCUUCUGCACAAGAGGGGAACUGAGCAAGUACAGGGUCCCGUCCCUCCUGGAGGUCUACGACCAACACGGCUUCACGGUGCACCACGCACCGUUCCCCGACGGAGACGUCCCCGAGCUGGAGCAGUGCUGCCAGAUCCUGACCGAGCUGCAGGUCUGCCUCGAGAGGAACAGGAAGACGGUGGUCCACUGCUACGGAGGCCUGGGGCGAUCUGCUUUAAUCGCCGCCUGCCUGCUGCUCCAGCUCUCGGUGACGAUGACGGCCGACAAAGCCAUCGAGAUCCUCAGAGAGCACAGAGGAGUUGGAGCGAUACAAACGGUGAAGCAAUACAAUUUUCUUCACGAGUUUCGGGAGAAGUAUACCGCCUACAAAGAGAGCAGAGAGGCUGCCCCAGAGAGAUCGGUGUCUCGGUGAUUCUGGAGAGAAUAAUCUCUAAACAUUUGCAUUCGUUUCUCUUUGCUAGCGAUUUACUCUCCAAGAGCUGCACUUUAAAAAAAAAAAAAAAAAAAAAAAUUGUAUCACUUCCUUCGAGCUUUUAAAUAAGCCUAAAGGUUUGGGUAGCGGAGCACAACUCAGCUUAAUAAAAUCUUAAAAAAUAUAAGCCUGUGUUUAAGCAUUAAAAAAAGUUGAGGAGAUAUGUACAUGUUCUGUGUUAAAAUCAUUU